AAUUUUCAAAGUUCAAAAGCCCGCAAAAAAGACAGCUACAGAAACACUACUGUGCCCUGCACUAAAAAAAACAAAUUCCUCUCCACUUUUCUCUCACCUCUCUUUCUCUCUCUCUCUCUCUCUCUCUAGAUUACAAAGCCAAAUUCCAAACCAAGCUUGAUCUCAGUUGUAUUCCAAAACAGAUACAGGAAGAGUGAUCGAUACACUGAUUCAAAAAAAAAGAAAAGAAGAAGCUCGAAUUGACAUUCCCCCCUUUCACCUGAAUCUCGGAAUCUCUCGCUAAAGAAGAAGGGAAAGGAAAAAAAAAAGCCCUAAUGGAAAACGAAUCUGCCACCACCGCCCCUGAGGUUAAAGGCGGCGUUCCGACCUACGGCGGGAGGUACGUCAUGUACAACGUUGUCGGUCACCUUUUCGAGCUCUCCGCUAAGUACGUCCCUCCGAUUAUGCCCCUCGGUCGCGGUGCUUACGGCAUCGUUUGCUGUGCAACAAAUUCUGAGACAAAGGAAGAGGUUGCAAUCAAGAGAAUUGGGAAUGCAUUUGACAACAGGAUUGAUGCUAAAAGGACCCUACGUGAAAUCAAACUUCUUUGCCAUUUGGAUCAUGAGAAUAUUAUCAAAAUUAAGGACAUCAUGCGACCACCAGAGAAAGAUGAGUUCAAUGAUGUAUAUAUUGCAUAUGAACUUAUGGAGACUGAUCUGCAUCAAAUAAUACGCUCUUCCCAGGCACUCACAGAAGACCAUUGUCAGUACUUUCUAUAUCAGCUGUUGCGGGGACUGAAAUACAUACAUUCUGCAAAUGUUUUGCACCGAGAUUUGAAACCAAGCAACUUGCUUCUCAAUGCAAAUUGUGACCUCAAGAUUUGCGACUUUGGGCUUGCAAGAACUACCUCAGAGACAGAUAUUAUGACAGAAUAUGUUGUAACUCGGUGGUACAGAGCCCCUGAAUUGUUACUCAAUUGCUCAGAAUACACCGCCGCCAUUGAUAUAUGGUCUGUUGGUUGCAUUCUAAUGGAGAUUCUUUUAAGAGAAUCAUUAUUUCCGGGUAAAGACUAUGUUCAGCAGUUGGCACUUAUAACAGAGCUGUUAGGUACACCGGAAGAUUCAGAUCUUGGAUUUCUGAGGAGUGAGAAUGCUCGAAAGUAUGUCAAGCAACUCCCUUGUGUCCCAAAGCAAUCAUUUCCACAGAAGUUCCCAGAUUUGUCCCCAAUAGCCAUCGACCUUGCUGAAAAGAUGCUAGUUUUUGAUCCAUCUAAGCGCAUAACCGUGGAGGAAGCAUUGAAUCAUCCAUUUCUAUCAAGUCUCCAUGAGAUCAACGAGGAGCCAACUUGCGCAUCUCCAUUCGUCUUUGGUUUUGAGCAGUUAUCUUUGAGCGAAGAGGACAUAAAGGAGCUCAUCUGGAUGGAGUCACUUACCUUCAACCCAGAUGAGGUGGACUGAUGAAACCGAUUUUCUGCGUUGUUUUUUCCGUUGGGUUAGUCCAUCGAAUGCUCCGAGUGUUGGAUUUUGGCUUGAAUGCUGAUUGCAUGCAUAAGUUUGAUUCGAGUUUUUUCAUACAAGCAGCAAGGAGAUAGGUUCUCCGAUAUAUUUACUGGAUUCACUCUUCGAGAAUCCACCCGAUGAAUAAGUUGUAUUUGUAAGCGAAGGUUAUGAUCCUAGCCUUCAUUUUCUAUUUGGUGUUGUAUAUUCCGAAAUAGAGUCUAAUCUUGAAUCAAUACUGUAGUCAAAACAUACACUUUGAAAUUACCCAGAAGGUACUACUGAGAGCAUGCAGCUAUUUCAGUGAAACUAUGUGAAAUAUUUUUUCGUGAGAAA